UUACCAGGUAUAGUGUAAUCUAUGCUUUUGGAAGAGGUUAUGUUUACUGCAUAAUUCUGUCGAGUCAGAAUUCAGUUGAUAAAUUUUGUGCACAACUUACUGAAUCAUCUAAUAUAAUAAGAAAAGUGUAAAAAUGUUGGUGACGCUAAAAACUUUACAACAGCAAACAUUUCAAAUUGAAAUAGAUCCAGAAGAAACUGUGAAAGCAUUGAAGUUAAAAAUUGAAGUGGAAAAAGGGAAGGAUUUUGUCGCCGACCAUCAAAGACUUAUUUAUGCGGGAAAAAUUCUUCUGGACGACAACAAAAUAAAUUCUUACAACAUAGAUGAAAAGAAAUUCAUUGUUAUUAUGGUUACAAAACCUAAAGUCUCCGAGAGCCAGCCUACAUCAACUUCCAUACCCGAAGCAGGCGAAAGUGCUUCUACUGAUAGUGGUGAUGCUAAGCCUAAGACUGUUCCUCCUGAAGAAGUAGUCAAACCUACUACAGCAGAAACUGAGCGAGUUACCGAGACUCCCAACACCACUAGUGAUGCUGAGUUAGAAGCAACUAUCCAAAGUAUUAUGGAUAUGGGAUAUGAUAGGCCACAAGUUGAACAAGCAUUACGCGCCUCAUUUAAUAAUAGAGAAAGAGCUGUAGAAUAUUUAAUAACAGGUAUUCCUGAAGAAUUGCUACAUGAACAAGAAGCUGAAGAAAGUUCUGAUGAAGACCCAUUAGCCUUCCUGCGAGAUCAACCACAAUUUCAGCAAAUGCGUGCUGUUAUUCAACAGAAUCCCAAUUUGUUAAAUGCUGUGUUACAGCAGAUUGGUCAGACAAAUCCAGCUUUAUUACAAGUAAUCAGCCAACAUCAAGAAGCCUUUGUCAGAAUGUUAAAUGAACCAGUGAACCCUUCUGCUGCGGGAGUAGCAUCAGAUGAGAAUGUUGCUGAUAUUCAACAACCUCAAUUAGGGUCACAGAAUGUUAUUCAAGUGUCUGCUCAAGAUAAAGAAGCUAUUGAAAGAUUAAAAGCUCUUGGUUUUCCUGAACAUAUGGUGAUACAAGCCUAUUUUGCUUGUGAAAAAAAUGAGAAUCUUGCAGCUAACUUUUUGCUGUCUCAGAAUUUUGAUGACUAAGUUCUUGACUUAAUCGAAUGACAAGUGCAAAAGGAAAAAGUGUUGUUUUUUUUGCAAAAUUCAUUGUUUUAAUCUACACAAUCUGUGUAUUUCAUACACUUUUAUAGAGCUUGUCAUUAUUCAAUAUCUAAUAAAUUUCUUAUUGUUCAGUGGUUUA